AUGGAGCCCUGGGCGGACACGCUGCGGCGGCUGCGGGACACGGUGCGCGCGGGGCGGGCGCGGCCGGCCGAGUUCCGGGAGGCGCAGCUGCGGGGCCUGGAGCGCUUCCUGCAGGAGAACCAGGAGCUGCUGCGCGAGGCGCUGGCUGACGACCUGCGCAAGCCGGCGCUGGAGGCCGACGUGUCCGAGCUGAUCCUGUGCCAGAACGAGGUGGACCUGGCGCUCCGGCAGCUGCGCACCUGGAUGCAAGACGAGCCCGUGGCCAAGAACCUGUUCCUGCAGCUCAGCAACACCUUCAUCCGCAAGGAGCCCUACGGCCUGGUGCUCAUCAUGGCGCCCUGGAACUACCCCGUCCACCUCACCCUGAUUCCCCUGGUGGGCGCGCUGGCCGCGGGCAACUGCGUGGUCCUGAAGCCGUCGGAGAUCAGCAAGAGCGUCGAGAAGCUCCUGGCCACGGUGCUGCCCCGCUACCUGGACCCGAGCUGCUUUGCCGUGGUGCUGGGGGGCCCCGAGGAGUCGGCUCAGCUGCUGGAGCAGAGGUUUGACUACAUCUUCUUCACGGGGAGCCCGCACGUGGGCAGGCUGGUCAUGAGCGCGGCCGCCAAGCACCUCACCCCCGUGACGCUGGAGCUGGGGGGCAAGAACCCCUGCUACGUGGACGACGACUGCGACCCCCAGACCGUGGCCAACCGCGUGGCCUUCUUCCGCUUCUUCAACGCGGGCCAGACGUGCGUGGCCCCCGACUACGUGCUCUGCAGCCCUGAGAUGCGCGCGCGCCUGCUGCCCGCCCUGCAGUGCUCCAUCACGCGCUUCUACGGCGCCGACCCGCAGACGUCCCCCUGCCUGGGCCGCAUCGUCAGCGACCGGCACUUCCAGCGGCUGAAGCGGCUGCUGGGCUGCGGCCGCGUGGCCAUCGGCGGCCAGAGCGACGAGCGGGACCGCUACAUCGCCCCCACGGUGCUGGUGGACGUGCAGGAGGCGGAGCCGGUGAUGCAGGAGGAGAUCUUCGGGCCCAUCCUGCCCAUCGUGACGGUGGACGGCCUGGGCGAGGCCAUCGAGUUCAUGCAGAGGCGGGAGAAGCCCCUGGCCCUGUACGUCUUCUCCAGCAGCCGCCAGGUGGUGAACCAGGUGCUGAGUCAGACCAGCAGUGGCAACUUCACCAGCAACGACGGCUUCACCUACCUGACUCUGCCCUCCCUGCCCCUGGGGGGCGUCGGCAACAGCGGCAUGGGCAGGUACCACGGGAAGUUCUCCUUCGACACCUUCUCCCACCACCGCUCCUGCGUGCUCUGCCCCGCCCACCUCGAGCAGCUGAACGAGAUCCGCUACCCGCCCUACGGGGGCUGGACCCAGCCGCUGAUAACCUGGGCCCUGGGCUCGAACAGCUGCACCCUCCUGUGAGUGUCCGGCCCGCCCCAGCGCCGCGGGCCCUCCCGGUCCACGCUCCCGGAGCCCAGGAGAUCCUGUCCAGGACUGCGGAGAUCCGUCUCGGGGGCCCGUGGCUCCCGAGUGGGUGGGCA